AUGCAUCCAUCCAUCACACCCAUGAAUCUAUUGCUAAAUCCAUCCAUUCGUGAAUUUUUACGCCUUAGCAAAGGAAAGAAGGGUCUUAAGAAGAAGGUUGUCGAUCCCUUCACCCGCAAAGACUGGUACGACAUCAAGGCUCCCUCCAUGUUCGAGGUUCGCCAGGUCGGCAAGACCUUGGUCAACCGUACCCAGGGUUUGCGCAACGCCAACGACUCGUUGAAUGGCCGUGUUGUCGAAGCUUCCCUUGGUGACCUCAACAAGGACGAAGCCCGUGCCUUCCGCAAGAUUCAGCUCAAGGUUGAUGAAAUCCAGGGCAAGAACUGCCUCACCAACUUCUAUGGUAUGGACAUGACCUCGGACAAGCUCCGUUCUAUGGUCAAGAAGUGGCAGACUUUGAUCGAGGCCUUCGUUGAUGUCAAGACCACCGACGGUUACCUCGUUCGUCUCUUCGCCAUCUCGUUCACUGCUCGUCGCCGUAACCAGCUCAAGAAGACCACCUACGCCCAGUCUGCCCAGGUCCGUCAGAUCCGCAAGAAGAUGUUCGACAUCAUGUCUGAGGAAGCUGUUGCCUGCGACUUGAAGGAGUUGGUCGCCAAGGUCACCUCUUCGGCUUCUGCCUCUGCUCAGGAUGCCAUUGCUGUCCGCAUCGAGAAGGCCUGUCAGAGCAUCUAUCCCCUCCAGAACACCUAUAUCCGCAAGGUCAAGAUCUUGAAGGCCCCCAAGUUCGAUGUCUCGGCCUUGUUGGCUCUUCACGGUGGUUCUGCUGCCGCCGAAGACUCCGGCGCUAAGGUCAAGGACUUCAAGGAGCCUCCUGUCCUUGAAUCCGUCUAAAUUUUUUUCCAUCCUUUGCUUCAUCUUGCAAAAUUGCCUUUCUAAACAAGAGGUGCUGUAAUAAUAAACAUUUGAGAUGUUGUUAUGAAUGUAA